ACCAAGCAGUAUAUACUUCCAAUCACCCUGAAGGAAACAUACAAAAUAAGUAUCAAGGAAAAGAAGAACGAAAAGCAAGAGAUCUAAAUGAAAUGGGAAACUGGAUUGCAAAUCACUGGUUCUCUGCUGUAGUCAUGUUUGCCUGGUUGGGGCUGAACAUCUUCUUAUUUACUUAUUUCUUCAUGAUAUAUGAAAAGGGGCAGCCAUAUUCAUAUACACGGGUUUUACUAGGUUCAUGUCUUGCAUGGGCCCGUGGAUCUGCUGCUUGUCUUAAUUUUAAUUGUUUGCUCAUCCUUUUGCCUGUCUGCCGAAACCUCCUGUCCUUUCUGCGGGGGACCUGCACUUGCUGUCAACGAUCUAUGAGGAAACAGCUUGACAACAAUCUUGCUUUCCACAAGCUGCUGGGGUAUACUAUUGCCCUAAUGACAGCUGUUCACAUCAUUGCACACUUGUUCAAUGUGGAAAGGUUUUAUGUUGGUGCACAGUCCACAGUACUCACCAUUGAAGGAAUGUUAUCGAGCAUUGGUAGCAAGGACGGUGACUGGGUCAAUCCAAUCAGAUCAAGUACUGAGACACAGCUGUAUCUUUGCUUUACAAGCAUUGCUGGUAUAACGGGUGUGGUGAUUACCUUGGCACUGAUCUUAAUGAUCACUUCAUCUACUGAGUUUAUUCGCAGGUGUUACUUUGAGGUUUUCUGGUAUACACACCACCUAUUCAUCAUCUUCUUUGCUGGCCUUCUGUUUCAUGGAGCAGGCCGCAUAGUGAGAGGCCAGACAGCAGACAGUUUGGAGCACAAUAAUUAUGACGACUGCCACAAUAUAUACUCUAAUUGGACGCAGGAUGAUAAAAGAGAUGGAGAUGAGGCUGAUGAAUGUCUAAUGCCCAGUUUCCAAGGCAAUGAACCCGCGACGUGGAAGUGGAUUUUAGCACCGAUAAUACUAUAUAUUUUCGAAAGGCUCAUAAGGUUUUUCCGCUCAUGCCAGAGAGUUGUCGUAAUAAAGUCUGUCAGCCAUCCAUCUAAAGUCCUUGAAAUCCAAAUGCAAAAAAGAGGAUUCAAAAUGGAAGUUGGACAAUACAUCUUCAUCAACUGUUCAUUGCUGUCCCAACUGGAAUGGCAUCCCUUUACGCUCACCUCUGCCCCAGAGGAAGACAUGUUUUCUGUGCACAUCCGAUCUGCUGGGGACUGGACUGAAAAGCUCAUUCAGGUCUUUCAGGAGCAAGCCGAUAACCCACCAUGCCUCAAAGUGGAUGGCCCAUUCGGGACAGCUAGUGAAGACGUCUUCAAGUACGAGGUCAGCAUGCUGGUUGGGGCAGGCAUUGGUGUCACACCUUUUGCCUCCAUCUUGAAAUCCAUAUGGUAUAAGUUUCAGCAUGAAGAUAACCGUUUGAAAACCAAAAAGAUUUACUUCUACUGGAUUUGUCGGGAGACAGGAGCUUUUGCCUGGUUCGCUGAUCUGCUGCGCUCUCUGGAACAGGAAAUAAUCUGUUCAGGAAAGGAUGGCUUUCUUGACUAUAAACUGUUCCUCACCAACUGGGACAGCAGCAUAGCUGGACAUGCCAUUAUAAACUUUGAUGUGGCAACUGAUGCAGUCACAGGAUUGAAGCAGAAGACCAGUUAUGGACGACCAAUCUGGGAGAAUGAGUUCUCACGGGUAGCAGAAGCACAUCCCAGGUCUACUGUGGGAGUUUUUCUUUGUGGUCCGCAAGCAUUGGGUAAGAACCUACAACAAUGCUGCCAUCAUUAUUCUAGCUUGGAUCCAAGAAAAGUGCAGUUCUACUUCAAUAAGGAGAAUUUCUGAGAUGUAGCAGACUUUGACAGAUAAUAUGCUGUUAAACAUUGGAGAUCUGUAGGUGAUACUAGCAUUUGCCCACGGCUUCACUUGCAUGGAUGUCUCUUACUGCUCAACAGAGCUAAUUUUACAAAGACAGCAGUACCAUCUAAUAUUGUUAUGUAUAUUUUAUAUUGUACAUAUUGACCAUAAUGUGAGGUAUUUGUUUUGGUGAGCCAUCUACUGGAUUGACAUGUAAACUGAAACUUUGUGAGUCAAGAUAAACUGCCUGAUUAGUGAUUAAUAUAAAGGCUGGAACCCAAUUAGCCUCAAUUGUUUUUCAGCCGAUAAAAACAAGAUGGUUAUUUUCAGGCUAUCCAAUUAUAGCCAAUUUUUAUAGGGCAAAAAAUGCAUGGAAUCCGGGAUAAGCAUAUGAACCCAUGUGUUAUCACGGAAAAAGAGUUUCUUAUAUCUACUUAGCAGUGGUACUUUAUCACUGCUAAUGGUUUCCCCCAGGGCUGUCCUGUUAGCCCCAAUGCCAACACCUGUUGAAGAUUGUGCUUCUCAUGCCUGAAGCAUAAUUCCCAAUUACCCAUAGUUGGAUUAUCAUGCAGUGUGUGUGUGUGUGUGUGUGUGUGUGUGUGUGUGUGUGUGUGUGUGUGUGUGUGUGUGUGUGUGUGUGUGUGUGUGUGUGUGUGUGUGUGUGUGUGUGUGUGUGUGUAUAUAUAUAUAUAUACAUAAAUAGUUAUUUUGGAUUUGAGGAGUCUGCACAUUGGGAGUGUCAAAAGUCUGGUUUUUCCAUGAUUGCACUUCUCCCUGACAUCACAUAGAGAUAAUACAUACCUCAGUUUCUAUCUAGGUCAUUAAUCUAUACAAUAGCGAAAACGCAAUCCAAAUUUGUAAAGUACUUUCUGAGUAAUGCCGGAACAGACAAAUAGACAUACACAAAUUCUGCACUUUUUUUUUCCCUCUCCAUAGUUCACAAACAGUCCCUAGAAGCAUAUUUCCCCCAAAAAAACAUACUAUGUAAAGACACAGCACUUACAGUUUUAUUAUAUGUAUAGAUUACAGUCUAUUUUGGAAAGCAGAAUGUGUUGGGGAAUAUAUCCAUUUAAGGCUCGGUUGCAGAACAAUAGACUUUAGACUGAAGUCUCACUGAGUAUAUGAUGGGGAGUGCUCCCUGUUGCAACACUGCCAUAAACCUAAGGAUUAGAAAGAACCAGUUUAUUUGACUCUAGGUCAUACUGAGCAAUUUUAGUAACACAUACAUCAAUACCACCACACCCAGUUAGAGACGUCAGUCAGGCUACCCAUGCAGAACACUAACUUACUAUUGUGUUUACUGAAAGUUCUAGUUAUUCUCAUUCAACACUGUAAAGGUCAAGUAGAAAAUAACUUUUAGUAUUUUCAUAUUUCACUGUGCCAAAACUAAGCAAGCAUACUUUUUUGUUUCAAAAAAAAAAAUGCACAAAAAAUCCUGCCAAUGAGACAAAAACACAAUGUAUUGCAUACAGCCUAAAAUACACCAGAAUAUUUUUUUUCCAGCAAUUUGAGCGAGAGGGUUUUGAUCUAUCAUUCAAAUUGUCUACUGUGUACACAGCGAACCCGUGCUCAUUUUUAACGGGUCACCAGUUGCAUGCAGCUCAAUCCCCUCAAUCACAACAUAGCAGAUCGUUUGUUGUUCAGAUCGUUUGUAAAAUCGCUGUGUGCACACUCAUUAUCGUUUGCCAGGGAGUUCAAAUCGCUCAUCUUCAAAAUUGUUCAUCUUUCACAUCUUUCAAGUCUUCUAGUGUGUAUGGGCCUUAAAUCUCAGAUUAAACACAAAAACUAAAAUAACAAAUACUUAUGGAUCUGGUUUGAUAAUAUGGCACAAGGCAGAGGUUCUCAAACACGGGUACUCAAGGCACCCUAAAGGUCUAGGUUUUAGGUAUAUCCAUGGCUCAGUACAGAUUGUUAAAUCAAAUUGACGGAGGUGCUAAUUUAGUCACCUGUGACCAAACAUGGAUAAACUUAAAACAUGGACCAUUGGGGUGCCUUAAGCACUGUGUUUGAGAACCUCUGGCACAAGGAAUGCAAAUUUUGGGAGAGGCCAACCUUAGAAAAUUAACUAUAGAGGAUAGAAGUAAUACUAUUAUAAUAAUAAUAUCACAUUAACAUAACCUAAAUCCAGAAGGACAGUGCUGAAAGUUUUACUAAAUACUUUCCAUCUGACCCCACAUUUAGAGACUUUAACAACAGGGCAGUAAUGUCAGGGUUAGAUAACACCUUUUUUCUGUGUUUCCACUGAAAAAAUUGUAUUUUAACAUGACUAAAAUUAAACAGGAGACAUUCCAUGGGGGAAUUAGAGAUUCCUCCAACGGUGCCUGUAAUUUUGGUGUGUGGCUAUUAGGGUCGACAGUCAUUAGGUCAACAAAUAUUGGUUGACAGUGACUAGGUCGACUCAUGAAAUCGGUCGAUGCAGUCAUGUCGACAUGAACAAGGUCGACAAGGAAAAAGGUCGACAUGAAGUUUUUACUUUUUUUUGGGUGCCGUUUUCUUCGUAAAGUGACCGGGAAUCCUAAGUGCACCGUAUACCCUUGCUUUGGGCAAGGUGCCUUGCUCUGCUACAGCUGUGCUCAGCACAGGUUGCUAUUCCCAGUCAUAGUCCAAGUGGAUCGUAAAGUAUGAAAACGUUUAAAAAAAAAAAUGUGAAAAACUCAUAUCGACCUUGUCCAUGUCGAAAUAUAGACCAUGUCAACCUAAUGCAUGUCGACUAAUAGUGGUCGACCUAAUGAGUGUCAACCUAAAGACUGGAUCCCAUAAUUUUGUGACAUUUCACUGCCGCAGUAACUGGCUUGGUCUUUUAAUGCUUUGGCUACUGAAAAGCUUUGUGUAAGUUGUCAAAUAAACAUAAUGCCAUCUGAGGAUAGGGUUAUACUUACCUAAGGUCACAAAAUGGCUCUGGAUACUUUGUAGAUUAUGCAUAUGCAGUCAAAAAAUUCCCCACAUAUGAAGGCUUUUGGUUAGUCCCACACAUACAGUCUGGCUGCAAACAUAGAACUACAAUAUUUCAUUAGUGCUAAGCGAUGUGAUACUGGGAAUCAACAGAUUGUUGUAGAGGUAAGUUAGCAUAACAAUUCUCCGGGAACUGUUAUUUUGACACAUUGCAGUGCUAAUAUAGCAAUAGGCGGCAAUGGAAGAUGUAUCUUAGCGCUAACAUAAAGGACAUUUAGAUAUAUAGACCCCUAUAUUUGGAAACAAGGACUGACUUAAAUUUAACACAAAAUACAGUAAUCUUUAAACACGGCAAAGACCCAGAACAAGUGGCUUCCUGUCAUCCUGUUGCAUUAUUAAACCAAGAAUAUAUUAUAAGUACAGCAAAUGGUAUUCCACUUAUUACAUGAAACACAAAUCUUAUUUAUUUGUCAUAGACAUGGUACAAACAAUACUAAGCAAAGCAAAACAACAUUUUUAUAUCAGGUGUGGUAUGUUAGGUCCACAAGCAUCAUGAUAUGAGAAUAUCGACAGUCAUUGGAUGCUAUGACGAUAUGAUAGAAUGUUAACCUAAUUGUCCAGGUGGCUGCAGCGGCUCCAGAGUCUUCUCCUGGGAUCUGGUGGUCAUGUGACUAGCGCUUCUAGCAAUGACCUGUGCCGAGUGGCAGUUCAGGUGUGUUUACUCCGCCUACACCCAACUCUAACCGUCGCUAUUCUGACAUGGGGACAUUUCAGAUGAUGACAAUUGAACAUGUCGGCAUUCUAGUAUGAACAUUAUGAAUCUUGAUAUGGUCAUUGUCAACCAUGUGACUGGAUCUCUUUUAUACCAUACUGUAUGAUGUGAUCUUAAGGUUGUAGCAAAUGUUUUGUUACACAUCUUAUACAUAUAAUACAAAAUAACCUUUUCAAGGCUUGAAAAUGUAUCAUAACUUAAACCGGUGAAGUAUACUAAAAUAAAAAGUC